AUGGUGGAUAUGAUGGAGUCACCCAAGGUGCGCAUCAACGUCAGCAUGCCAGCUCAGUUCAUAGACCAGCCCGUUUGCUUCGUAGGGAGGCUGGAGAAGAUUCACCCCACUGGGAAAAUGUUUAUUCUUUCAGAUGGAGAAGGAAAAAAUGGAACUAUUGAGUUGAUGGAGCCUCUUGAUGAAGAAAUCUCUGGAAUCGUGGAAGUAGUUGGAAGAGUAACGGCCAAGGCAACCAUUAUGUGUGCAUCUUAUGUCCAGUUUAAAGAAGAUAACCAUCCUUUUGAUCUUGGACUUUACAAUGAAGCUGUGAAAAUUACCCAUGAGUUCCCUCAGUUUUAUCCUUUGGGAGUUGUGCAGUAUGGUUGAACUUGAUGAAUUUUUUAUGAUUGCCAAUGAGCUACAUUGAAGAUUAUUAAAGGAGGCCCCUGAAAUUUAAAGGAGAGAUUCCUGUGAUUUUUAAUACUGUUAUUUGUUCUCUUUUUAAUUUCAUUUACCUAAGGUUAUUAGAUAUUCCAGUAUGCCAUUUUCAACAGAACUGGUUUAUUGACAGUUCUCACCUAAGUCCUCAUAAAGAAUCAUUUCUCUGGCAUAUGGUCAGAUUAGAUGCAAGAAAAAAGCAGCUGGCUGAGUUUAGUUUUCUGUUUUAUUAAUAAAAGUUUAAAUGAUACAAAAAAAA